GAGUUGUCACGUGACUCACGCGGGCCGAGGAGCCUCCCACAGAACGCAUUUGUGGGAAUAAUAUUCCGCGUCUCUUCAGGCAAAGGGCGACUCGGUGGCUUCUCUGUCCCGGCAUGGCGUGGACUAAAUACCAGCUGUUCCUGGCGGGACUUAUGCUCACGACCGGGUCCCUCAACACACUAUCCGCAAAAUGGGCUGACAUGUUCUCUGCGAAGGGUUGCCGUGACGACCCGGACCACCCAUUCACUCACCCGUUCGUACAGGCGGUGGGCAUGUUCCUGGGCGAGAUCAGCUGCAUCGCAGUCUUCUACCUCUUUGGUGUGCCACGACAGAAGACGCCCGGAACCCCGGAUGCCCCGGCCAGAGCUUCAAACCCGCUCCUCUUCUUCCCGCCCGCCAUGUGUGACAUGACGGCCACCUCCAUCAUGUAUGUCGCUCUCAACAUGACCAGCGCCUCCAGCUUCCAGAUGCUGCGCGGCGCCGUCAUCAUCUUCACCGGUCUGCUGUCCGUGGCGUUCCUGGGGCGCCGCCUGACGCCCAGCCAGUGGGUCGGCAUCCUCACCACCAUCCUGGGCCUGGUGAUAGUGGGCCUCGCCGACUUCUUCAGCGGGCACAGCGAAGACACCCACAAACUCAGCGACAUCGUCACAGGAGACCUUCUGAUCAUCCUGGCUCAGGUCAUUGUUUCCGUGCAGAUGGUGCUGGAGGAAAAGUUUGUCUACAAACAUGAUGUCCACCCUCUCCGGGCUGUUGGUACAGAAGGCUUCUUUGGCUUCUUCGUCCUGUCGCUGCUUCUCAUCCCGAUGUACUUCAUCCACGUCGGCGCCUUCAGCGGGAACCCCCGGCAGGUGCUGGAGGACGCGCUCGACGCCUUCUGUCAGAUCGGCCACGAGCCCCUCAUCCUGCUGGCGCUGCUGGGGAACACGGUCAGCAUCGCCUUCUUCAACUUCGCCGGCAUCAGCGUCACCAAGGAGAUCAGCGCCACCACGCGCAUGGUGCUGGACAGCCUGCGCACGCUGGUCAUCUGGGCGGUGAGCCUGGCGCUGGGUUGGGAGCGGUUCCAGGGCCUGCAGGUGCUGGGCUUCCUGGUGCUGCUGGCCGGCACGGCGCUGUACAACGGGCUGCACCGCCCCCUGCUGGCCAGGAUACCGUGGUGCGCCGCGAUGGCGAGCGCCGGGGAGCCGGAGGACGGCCCCGGUGAGAGAGAGAGGCUGCUGGGCGACGGCAGCGUGCAGAGCACCGACGAGGGCUAAAAGCCUGAAGGCGGGACCAUCAGAGACAAUGAGCCGUUCAUGAGGAGCGUCUCUUUUUUUCUUCUUUUCUUUUUAAUACGGUCACAUGUGACUCGAUGUUUUAAUAUGUGGGAGUGUGCGAGCCCUUUGAAAGGAAUGGUUUGGCACACAAGUAGUAUCUUGUAUGUACGUAUGACUAAAAAGUCCCAUAUUUGUUCAAAUGUUCCUUCGGGGGAACAGAGGGGCCAGUCCGAAGAUGCUUCUGUAUUAUAAUACAGGGUCUCUUUUUAGGCAGUGAAUUCAAUUCAUUGAAAAUGUAAUGAAAAUAGAACGCGUUCUAACAGGAUUCGACCCUCUCAUAGACUUUUUAAAUCUUAAGUCGAUGCAGGAGAACCACUGCUCCACCGGGCUUGAUCUUUCCUCGGGUGCUGGUCGUACUGUAGAUGUCCGCACACGUCGGUCUAUGCAGAGUUCGUACUUUAAGAUAGUGUCAUUUUAUCCUUAAACAAACCACUUGAACUGGCUCUUUUUUUCUAAAGCACAUUUGAAGAUUUAUUCCGAUUUUCAUGAAUCAGCACGUUGUUUGUGAUGAUUUUGUUUUUUAAGAAUGGGUUUUAAUUUUUUUUUUUAAUGUUGAUUUAUUUGCCAAAGUAAUGCCAACAGAAGCCGGUCUUACCGUAACUCAUUUACUUUUGUAAUCAAGCUUCCCCGUCAUCUCCUUAAUCUGAGUGCAGUUAAAAAUACGAUGUGUACAAAAAUGCAGUUUUAAAAAGAACCGUGUGUAUAUUUGCUGAUCUUAGUCUUGUUUUUACUGAUGGACCUUAUCGAAGCGUCUAAUCUCCUAAACCAAGUGAUUUUACACCUGCUUCUGUAAAUGCUCUUUUUGGUAGUUUAGGGCUGUCGUGUGCACUAAGAAAAAAGGGAAUGGUCAUGAAAUGACCCUUAUGACAUUAAAUGGUGCAUUAGCUUUUUCACUCGGGUCUUUGUUGGUCUUCAGAAUACUACAGUGACUUGAUGAAUGGGAUGUAAUGUAAUGACAAAAAGAGGGAUUAAAAGAAAAUACACUUCUCAAACAA